GGCGAGCCGAAAAGGGAAUUUGGUUAAUCCGGCAGUCGCUCGCGGGCCUCCGACGCCGAAACAAUCCCUCGUAGAGAGUGCAUGGAGGGAUGAAUAAGGGCGAAAGGGAUCGCGACGACCGGCUCCGCAGAUUCGCUUUUCCAUGACGUUAUGGGUAAUUCGAUGUCAAUCUGGAAAGGAUACCAUUAAACUAUUUCGUGAUGAACUUGGAGAAUUAUCAUCUGAUUAGAUGGGCUUUGACGCUCGUCUUUCUUCAUAGAGCAACUUUCACGCUGGUUCCCGUGUGUUUACCUGAAUGCAUUUGCCUGUCCCAAACACAAGUAAUAUGCAAUGCAGGAGGGCUGCAGGAAAUCCCGAAGAAAGAGCUCCCGCUGUCGGUCGAGCAUCUCUCGCUGACGCGAAACCAGUUUCUCGUCAUCAAAAGCGACUCGUUCGCGGGGCUCCGGUACUUAAGGAAACUUUCGUUGGACGGCAACAACAUUUCCAUUAUAAAGCCCUUCGCCUUCAGAGGAUUACCCCGUCUCAGAGAAUUAUCCAUCCAACAGACCUCGCUGGCAACGGUCUCGCAAUUCGCCUUCGCCGGUUUGCAAAACAUCACCGCCAUAUAUCUCAGCUACAACAAGAUAAAGAGGAUCGAAUCGUACGCGUUCGCGGGCACUUCCAAUUUGAAGCUGUUGGUUUUAACGAAUAAUCCGUUGCACAGGAUCGAACGGCACGCGUUCAGCGGAUUGAACAACGUGGAAAGAAUACAUUUGCCCUCAGGUAUAAGGAUGAUCGAGCCGGACGCUUUCGACGGUUUAGACACGGUGGGGUACAUUAAACUGGCCUUCAUGGACCUUCCGGGCCUCUCCACGGGGAUGUUCAAAGGCCUAACCAACAUCGGCGUGUUUUCAAUACAAGAAUCCGAUUUGGGGAUACUGGAAGGGUCCGCCUUCAACGGCAUGUCGCUGAUCAAAAACUUCAACAUUCUCAACAACAAAAUCGACGCCAUCGACUACUUCAACAUCAGCGAGGAGCAGAAAAUCGGCCACUUGAAGAUCCAGGGCAAUCACAUUCUGGAGAUACCCAAGACGGACGCGCUGCUCAUCGAAGUGGAGAAACUGACGGUGACUUCGAACCAUUUUCCCUGCAAUUGCCACAUUCACUCGCUGUUGGAGGGGCCGCUGACCAACGGCAGCGUCAACGAGUUUAUCGCCAAGAAUUUCUGCAUUUCCCCGUUGGAAGUCAACGGUUUGCCGAUGAGCACUCUGGACGUGGAGGGCAUCGGACGGUGCGAGGACGAUUUGUCGAAAGGGAGUCUCGACGAUUACAAAUAUUCCAUCAGCAGGUCCUGCGAAUUGGGCGUUUUUCGUAAUUUACUCGCCCUGCCGUUUACUGUGUUGUUACAUUCGUUGGUAAUUAGGUGAAAGACGUCGGUAGAUUAGUGGAAUCGGUACUGAAUUUUAAAUCCUGCACCGAAAUUCCGCAUCGAAAAUUUUAUUCAAAAUUGACAUUAAUGACAGUUCGAAUGACAGAAGUUUAAUAGAGGUGGGAGUCGAUUUUAUGGUAUAGAGGUGUAGUAACGAUUGUUACAAAAUAACCGUUAUUUUACAAAAUAUUGAUUGCUCAUUUAAGUGGGGAAUUCCGGUGCAGGGGUGUAGGUAAUUGUGCGAUUUUUGUAUAUUGUAAAUAAAUAUAAUAACGAGGUAUGUAUUGUACAAAGUAAUAAAGUUAUCUAAUGGUGUG